AUGAGGGCUGCGUUCCUGGUGCUGCUCCUCUGGGCCGUAGCCUGCGCUCACCCUGAUGCAGCAAGUGAAGAUCACAUCAAUAAACUGGGCAACCUCCUGGAUGGUGGAGAUAGCAGACAUCCUCCUGCCAGUGUGGAGAGAGGGGACAAUGCCCUUGCCAGAGAGCUGGCAGGUGGGAAUGCUGUGGGUGAGGAGCUGGGCGAACACAGUGUGCAAGACAAAGGAGGCAGAGCUGGGACAGCUCAACACCUGAACCUGGUGGACCACGAGGAUGCGAGUGCUCGGGAUGGGAAUGGCCUUGGUUUCCUGGAGGAGGACGCACGCGAUGCUGAUGAUGGUGACAACAGAGAGCACCACGGCACUGGAGUCGGUGGGCUCCCCUCCCACGCCGGCGGGCUCCUGGAUGAGGAGGAUGACAGUGGGGAUGACACCUUCGAUGAGAACGGGGGAGAGGAAGGGGGUGAAGGUCCUACCUACGUGGCUGGCGCUGAUGGAGCGGGCGAUCACGACGCUGACCGUGGGGAUGCUGGGGCUGGCAGAGGGCACGGUGACAGCAGCAGCAGCAGCAGCAGCAGUGAGAGCGUUGGGGAAGACCACCGGCGGUACAGAAGCUAUCUGGGCAGCCGGUAUGAACGGACCUACAGGCAUGGAGGGGACAGCAGCAGCAGCCAGGAGGAGGAGGAGAGCUAUGACUUUGAGGAUGAAGCCAUGCAGGGUGAUGACCCCUCUGUCUUCGAUGGUCCAGGUAGCAGCUUCAAGGGGCGACAUGCUGGUCCCCGUGUCCCGGGGAGCAGCCGAGAGAGCAGUGAGAGGGCUGGCUUCCACUGGGAGGAGGGCGACAGCAGGUCCCCAGAGGUGGAGGAUGCUGACUCAGAAGAAGACAGCCCAUCUGUGGAGGAGAACAGUCAGUCAGAAGAGACCGACAACAGUCAGUCAGAAGAGACAAUCACCAGCCAGUCAGAGGAAAAGAGCACCAGCCGCUCUGCUGAGGAUGAGGAUGAGGAGGACAGCCCCUCCAGGGAGAGCGAGGGCAGCAAGUCCAGGGAGGACACCACUGAGCAGUCAGAUGAAGAGCCAGGGGAGUCCCCAGAGNNNGAUCGGGAAUCUGCUGAGGACAGGAGUGCUCCAUCCACGCCUGAGAGUGAGUCUGGCGAAGAUGAGGGUGACCAGAGCCAGUCCACAGAGGACACUGUGGAGGACUCAAAGGAGGAUGAGAAUGACUCCAACCCUGAUGACGAUGUGCCAAGCACGUCAGCCGAGAGCCAGAGCACAUCUCCAGAGGAUGAGGGCAGCCAAGAGGACAACACAGGUGAGGACAGCAGGUCCACAGAGAGCAACAACAGCGAGUCCCAGGAGGACAAUGAUGAUGAUGAUGAGGAGAGCCAC